GGCCGAUGACGAGAUGGGGGAGGGCCCUCCUCCCUUGAUGGAGCGUAUGCGCCUGUAUCGGGCACCAAGCCUAUACGCGCCGCCGUGUGCCGCCAGCAAGUCACUCCUCCCAGAUGCCCUCCUCUUUUUGUCUCGCGACCAAGAUGUGUCUCCCAAGGGGGUGAAUAGUGUGGGGAGAGGUGGUGUUGAGUCGGAGUCGGAGUCGGUGGAGGAGACGGCGGGAUUGGAUUUGGGGAAAGUGGUAUGGGGUCCCGUCUUUGUUUGUAUGGAUGCGACGACCCUCCUGGCCGGGCUGGGGCGUCUGGGACUUGGCCUGGAGCAAGAGGAGCAGAAGGCGCAGAGUUGGAUGCUGCAAGGCGUGGCGUCAAAGCGGACAGGGCCUGGGCUGGACCCCGGACGUUUGUACAAGAGCCCCAGGAAGCUAAUGCGGCGGAAAGAGCAGAGGAACCUCGAUGGAGGAACCUCAAUGGACGGAUACCUCCCUCCCUCUUGGGCAAGGUGCUCCUUGGGCACUGUGCGGGUUGGGCUGUGGGCCUGGUGCGGCCACGGGCAGGGUGGAGCCUCUUUGGGAGAAGCCUUUCUGAAGAGCCACAGAGCCCCCGGGGCGGUCCUUGGGUCCUUCCUUGGGUCCCUGCUUGGGUCGCAAUUUGGGACGGGCCUCUGCUGGGCGGCCGCGGCCCUGCUGGACUGCCAGGCGUCCUCCCUUCUGGGACUUGCCGCGUGA